ACUGGACUUCGAAAGUUGCUUCUUACUUCUUUGACUGCUGGGACAAGAUUGAUGACGGAUGAGGAUGCGAGUCUUUUAUCACGCAUGCGUAUCCUUUGAAGUUCCUUCAUCGUGAUGUACACAACCGAGGCUGAACAUGCCGUCAAAGCGCUGCUGAGUCGGGGUUUGUGUGUACACAUAGUUCAUCGCACGGCUGUGAAUUUAAAAACUCGUAGCGGCACAAUCAGAGGGUUACAAACUCAACGUACGGCUGUCGUGGAUUUAAAAACUCGCAGCGACACACCACAUUGCAGCUAAAGCGGUAUACUUAUUGGAUAUCAAAGACCUUUCAUCUCUGUGGUUGAUGUUACUGGGUGGUAACUCUUCAACAGUGAAAAGGCUUUUUGAGUACCAAGAAAGAGAUCAGGAUCCUCUGAUGAAAGUUGUCUUGGCUGAUGCUGGGGAAGAAGAUGUCACUGUUCAGAUUUCACCCAUGAGGUUUUAUGUAACUGACGAUGCUUUCAAGUACCUCCAUGGAUUAGAUGUGAAGGAAUUUGUCGAUGAAUUCCACCUCCUUCUGAAAAGAAGUCAGCUGAGGACAUUAGGCCCAUCAGAGGUUCCAAAAGCAAGGCACAGAAGCCAGUACAAGCAUACUCGUACUUUCUGGGAAGAAGUGGAGCUUCUUAGAAAUCUCCAUCCAGAGAAGGGGUUGCUGGGAGAAGAUGAAAUGCUCAACACAGCAGCUAAAGAAUGGAGACGGCAGGCAGAGUCUGCUUUGAAUGUUCAGGAAGGUCAUCUUGGAGGUCUGCUGAAGGAGGCAAUUGCAGUUGCGUGUCUCAGCCAGCGCUGUUUUCUUUGGGCCGAGUCUGUGACCAAGGCUUAUGCUUCCUGGAAGCUGAAGAACCAGAGCAACAAUAAAGUUAACCGUAUGCUGUUCGUGCAACUCCCAGGUCUACGAGACGAAGAGAUGGUGUUCCACCUGCUACAGUCGUUCAGGAGUGGGGAGCUGAACAAACUGGAGUUUAAUGAGAAGUUGAAGGAAGCAAAGGUAGCAGCAAGCAGAGGGAAAAAAAGACAGUUGCCAGCAUUAAAUGACUCAGAGACGGACUCUGGAAGUUUGAAAAGAAGAAAUGCCCUUCUUGAAGCCCGGAUCGUGACCCUCCAAAGAGAGAUGGCAGAUCUUAGAGACAAACUGAGAACACCCGAGACACCUGCAACGGAUGUUUAU